AUCUUCCCUCACGCCAUUCGAUUUCGAAAAUAAAAGUGGGGUGGUUUUCACUUUAAGGUUUCAUCCAGUCCACCAUGUCCUUCAACACAACGGCGGCUCCGUCAUCGUUUGCCUCUGUCUAUGCCGACACCGAUCUCCAGUCACUGAACUGGUUCGAACAGCAAUGGGUCGCCUGGUAUGUUUGGAUUGGGAACCCAAUUAUUGCAACGGGAUUGAUGAGCUUUUUGUUGCACGAGAUUGUCUAUUUCGGCCGUUGUAUACCCUGGAUUAUCAUGGAUGCGAUACCAUAUUUCCGCCAGUGGAAGCUCCAGCCCAAUAAGAUACCGACUGCUUUGGACCAAUGGGAAUGCACCAAGAUGGUCUUGUUCUCACAUUUCACUAUCGAGCUGCCGACGAUCUGGCUAUUCCACCCAUUGGCCGAGUCCAUUGGAAUGUCGACCUACCAGGUUCCUUUCCCAUCUUGGAAGACCAUAGCACCCCAAGUUAUGUUCUUCUUCUGGUUCGAGGAUCUCUUCCACUGGUGUGCCCACCGUGCGCUUCACUACGGUUUCCUCUACAAGUACAUUCACAAAAUCCACCACAAGUACUCUGCGCCAUUCGGUCUAGCAGCUGAAUAUGCUCACCCAGCUGAAGUCCUCAUUCUUGGUACCGGUACACUCGCUGGACCCUUGCUCUACUGCUUCUUUACCCAGAACUUCCACAUCCUCACUAUGUACAUUUGGAUCACUCUCCGUCUUUUCCAAGCGGUUGAUGCACACAGUGGUUAUGAUUUCCCAUGGUCGCUCCAACACAUCCUCCCAUUCUGGUCUGGUGCCGAACACCAUGACUUUCAUCACAUGUCCUUCACCAACAACUUCUCGACCUCGUUCCGCUGGUGGGACAGACUCUUUGGCACGGAUACGAACUACCUGAAACAUCGUGAACGUGUUCGGGCUGCGCACGCAGCGAAUAAGAAUGCGACACGUGAGGAGCGUCUCGAGAUCGAGCGCAAGCUGAUGGAGGAGGUCGAGGCUGAAGGUCUUGCUGCUGAGGCUGAGGUCGAGCGGAGCGUUAAAUCAAAAGCAGAGUAGGGGCAUAAUAUUAAUUGGAUUUUGUUAACAUAUAUACUUAAUACGCCGUGCUUGACGCCACAAAACAACGUCGGGGACUUUGGACUCUCAGGUUCCCAGCCGCGCCGUAACCUGGUGUUCAUGAUGGAAUUAAAGAGCGAAGUUUACU